CCCUCGCGUUCUGAUCCGCUUUAGUUUCUGAGCUCACGGUGACUAAGCUCGGUGUGUGUGUGAGAGAGAGAGGGAGAGAAAGAGAGUGACAGAGUGUGUGUAUAUGCAUGUGUGUGUGUGUGCGCGCGUGUGAAAGAGAGAAGAGAAAGAAAAAGAGAGAGAUAGGAGCGGAGAGUCAGCAGCGCGCGAGGUGGUCAUGGCGAGCGCGAGCCAGAGAGUGGUCCUCAUUACCGGCUGUUCUUCCGGGAUUGGGCUGCGGAUCGCCGUCCUAUUGGCCAAAGACGAGCAGAAGCGCUAUUAUGUAAUCGCCACCAUGCGAGACCUGAAGAAGAAGGAGAAGCUGGUGCAGGCAGCAGGAGACGCUUUGGGAAACACCCUGACGCUGCAAGCCCUGGAUGUGUGCAGCGAUGACUCAGUGAGGCAAUGCAUCAGCGCGGUUAAAGACAGACACAUCGACAUCCUCAUAAACAACGCAGGCGUAGGGUUGCUCGGCCCCGUGGAGAGCAUCAGCCUGGAGCAGAUGAAGAUGGUGUUCGAGACCAACUUUUUUGGCACAGUGCGCAUGAUUAAAGAGAUCAUGCCCGACAUGAAGAGACGGCGAGCGGGGCACAUCAUCGUCAUGAGCAGCGUCAUGGGCAUGCAGGGCGUAGUGUUUAAUGACGUCUACACAGCCUCCAAGUUUGCCAUCGAGGGUUUCUGUGAAAGCUUGGCAGUCCAGCUGCUGAAGUUUAAUGUCAAGUUGUCUCUGAUCGAGCCUGGACCUGUGCACACAGAGUUUGAGGCGAAGAUGAUGGAAGAAGUGGCCAGGAUGGAGUUUCCGGGAGCGGAUGCAGACACAGUGAGAUACUUCAAGGACGUGUACAUACCGUCCUCCAUCGAUAUCUUCGAGGCAAUGGGGCAGAAGCCAGAUGACAUAGCUAAAUGCACUAAGAAGGUGAUCGAGUCGAGAAACCCUCGCUUCAGGAACCUCACUAACAGCCUGUACACCCCCAUCGUUGCCAUGAAGUAUGCAGACGAGACAGGAGGCCUGUCAGUACACACCUUCUACAACCUGCUGUUUAACUUCGGCUCCCUAAUGCACAUCACCAUGAACAUCCUGAAAUGCCUGACCUGCAGCUGCCUGCGCAGACGCACCAUAUCACCUGACUGAACCACACACACACACACACACACACACAGACUGAUAUGAGGCUGAUAUGAACACAUUCGGAUGCCAUUGUGGAUUUCAGCUUUUGUGACUUGAUUUCCUCUUCCUGUUUUCUCCUGAUCUUUUUGAUUCAUCUUACCAACUAACACCAACUCCAGUGUUUUGUCUUCUAAACCGUACUAAACAAUAACAUGAGAUGUUAACAAGUGGGAAAAGAUUGUGUUCAUGAGGCUUGAUAUGAAACUUGGAGAAAUCGAGAAUAAAACCAUUAACAGGACCAGAUUAAAAAAAUCACCUGGCAGAAAUAAUCUUAACCUUGCUUGUAAUUCUCUGCUUCUGUGCACUAAUGAUGUGAGUGAAGUGUGUUGUGUAAGCAUGCUUAAACUCUUCCGUGUGCUGUAGCGAUUGUAUUGUUAUCUUCAGAUGUUUAUGUGGUGUCUGCGGUCUGAUUUGGAAAUAAUAUAUUUUUUAUAUUAUAUGUGAAUAUGUAGAGUAUACUGUAGACUAAAUGUGGUUUAAUUUGGAAAUAAAUACAAAGACUGUGA